GCUACCGGUGGUCCCCCGGCCCGAAUCUCAGCUAUAAAGGCAGCCCACGCAUGACGGCUGUGGCGAAGCUCGGGUAGCUGCGGUGCUCGUCCGCUUUCAGCCCCCGCGGCGCCCCCUUUACUCCUUGCCCCCAGAGCGCUCCCGACUCCACCAUGCCGAGGGGCUUCCUGGUAAAGCGAACUAAACGGACAGGGGGCUCCUACCGAGUGCGCCUAGCUGAGCGGAUCUUCCCACUGCUGGGGCCCCAGGGGGCGCCGCCCUUCCCCGAGGAGGCUUCCAGUGCUCCCCAGCCAGGUGCGGAGCAGGUGGCACCCCCCACCCUGGAGGAGGAGGCGUCAGCCCGCGAGCUGUCGGGGUCGUCCUGUCAGGCGGCUAGGGUGAGCCCAGGGGAGGGCGGGCAGGAAGGUGCUGCGGAGUGGAGGGCGGAUGGCAGGGAGGGCCCCGGGCCCAGCCCCAGCCCCACCAAGCCGGCGGGCGUGGAGCUGCGCCGGGCAUUCCUGGAGCGCUGCCUCAGCUCACCCGUGUCUGCAGAGUCCUUCCCCGGGGGUGCCGCCACGGUGGCUGCUUUCUCGAGCUCGGCGGCGCCAGCAGCUGCACCGACCUCCGGGGAGCAGUUCCUGCUGCCGCUCCGGGCACCAUUCCCAGAGCCAGAGUUCCAUCCAGACCCUGCGCCCCUCUCGGUCACCCUGCAAGGCCUAAAGCGGGCCGCUGGCAACGAGCGCCGUGCCAAGGCACCUCCGGGCUGCGCGUCUGGACCCGCGGCCGCCGGAGUCAAGAAGCCAAAGGCCAUGAGGAAGUUGAGCUUCGCAGAUGAAGUGACCACGUCCCCUGUUCUGGGCCUGAAGAUCAAGGAGGAGGAGCCCGGAGCACCGUCCAGGGGCCUGGGGGGCAGCCGCACGCCACUGGGGGAGUUUAUCUGCCAGCUAUGCAAGGAGCAGUACGCGGACCCCUUCGCUCUGGCUCAGCACCGCUGCUCCCGCAUCGUACGCGUCGAAUACCGCUGCCCUGAGUGCGACAAGGUCUUCAGCUGCCCUGCGAACCUCGCCUCCCAUCGCCGUUGGCACAAGCCCCGUCCCGCAGCGGCAAAUGCUUCCACAGUCUCUUCAGCCGACGGGAAGCCACCUCCUUCCUCAGCCUCCCCAGACUCUGGGGCUGUUGCAUCUUUCUUGGCGGAGGGGAAGGAGAACAGCCGGGCAGAGCAAACGGCGGAUCAGCACCUGCAGGCGAGGGACAGCUCCAGGGCGGAGCAGCACCAGGACAGCGCCCCACACCCGGGCCUCCAGGUGUCCCACCCCGAGCCACCGCUGCCUCAGGUCCCGUAUACGGAGGGGAUGUUGGGGCGCCGGGUGCCUGGGCCAGGCAGUGCCAGUGGUGUCGGGGGACCCGAGAUCUUCAUGUGCCCAUAUUGCCACAAAAAGUUCCGUCGCCAAGCCUAUCUGCGCAAGCACCUAGGCACUCACGAGGCAGGCUCUGCUCGUGCACUUGCCCCGGGCUUUGGCUCUGAACACGGUGCCCCGCUUGCCUUCGCUUGCCCGCUGUGCGGGGCCCACUUCCCUUCCGCAGACAUCAGGGACAAGCAUCGGUUGUGGCACGCGGUCCGCGAGGAGCUGCUCCUGCCUGCUCUGGCUGGGGCCCCCCCUGAAGCUCCAAGCCCAGGCGGGGCAUCCGACGGGAGUGCUCAGCAAAUUUUCUCGUGCAAACACUGCCCGUCCACUUUUUUUAGCUCCCCGGGGCUGACCCGGCACAUAAAUAAGUGCCACCCCUCAGAAAGUCGGCAGGUACUGCUGCUGCAGAUGCCGUUGCGGCCUGGCUGUUGAGGACAGAGAUGAGGAAGAUUAUGCGGUUGGCUUUGGAGGAAACAGAGCAAGGGAAUUUCUGUGGGGAUUUCUUGAAUUUGCAAGUUUACCCUCUUUGCUGCCUAUAUUUUCUCUCCUAAAACUCCCAGUAGUCAAUGUUCCGCCAGAGAAGCGGACAGCGAAAUGUAAAAUCCCUCUCUAGAGCAGGUAUGUAUAUGAUAUAAACAUUCGCGGUCAAGGACUGUCACUUUAAAAGCCUUCUCUCUUACCCCACGAAAAUAGGAUUUCCCCCCUCAUUCUGGAGACCCUAACGAAUCCUAUAUGACUUGUAAUUCCUAUGGAAAGUCGUAGUGAAUACGUGCAUGUCUCAAUAUCUGCAAAUGAUUCUAACUACCAAAAGUGGUAGUCUUUUUGUUUUUUUUUUUUCUUGCCAUUGCAGGCGCCUAUGUAGUUUCUGUCUCAAUAGGGUCAGAUUUCUUGCAUUGUAUAUUCUGUGAAUUAAAAGUUAUGUGAUUGGUGCCAAACGUACAGGGGGUUGGGGAAAGACUCAAGACCUCUGCCUGUGGGCAGGAAAUGUAAGGGGAUGUUUGCGCUUUGGGGGGAUAUGGGGAUCUCCCUGUAAACGUUCUCUUUCUCAAGUAUUAGUAGUCCAUUCUUAAGUUAGUGUUUGGAGGUGGAGAGGGUGCUACUUUACUUGGAGGGGGUUGAGAUACCCCCAAAUUCUCACCUUUAGCUUUUUUGUGUGUUUUCAGGAAGAGAUACUUUAACAGAUUUUUUUUUGGGGGGGGAAUAUAAAACUCAUUUCUGGAAGUUUGACUGUUUUAGUAGGGUUUCAUCCAAAUUGUUUAAUCCUUCUGUUGUAAAUCUUAUACAGUGUUAUAUAUGAAACUAUGUUCAGCUUAAGGAAGAUGUUAAUACCUAUCUAUCUAUAAUCCACUAUGGAACUGAAUGACUUUUCAUUCAAUAUUCAUUUUUCAGCAGCAAUCUGUUUCUGAAAUUUCUUUUUGUAAACCAUAUUCAGUGCACACUCUGUACCCAUGCUCUAAUAGCCAGAGUUUGGGACACUGGCUGAGUAUUGCUCGACAGAUAGCCCAUAUUUGUAAGAUGCUUACCACCAAAUAAAUGUACAUAGCUGGUG